AUGGAACCCGCUGACCUGCCCCCGAAACAGAGGGCGACAUCCUAUGCUGAUGCCGUUCGCGGUCACAAGGUGUUCUCCCAAAAGUCAAAGCCGGAGGGGGGCAAAUUGACCGAGAAUUCGCUCCCUCUGAAGGAGUCCUCCGUGAUUGAGGAGCCUCGUGGUGUAGCUCAAAAACAACCACAGAAGAAGGGUACCAACUUGGCGCAGGCGAAGGGCUCAAUACCAGGCCCCAAGGACAGUCAACAGGGCUCAUCUCAGGCAAAGCAGCCAAGGAAGGACUCACAUCUCAAAUCCUCAUAUGCAAAGACUCGGGACGUUAGGGAAGGCCAAGUAACGCCGCAAUUCUCGUAUGCCGAGGCCGUAAAGGGCAAGACAUUGUUGAGAACGCCCCAGCUCACGGACUCUGAAGGGCAUAAAGCUGGACCGGCAUCGCCAGCGCCAUCGAACGUCCCAAUUCCCGAGUCUCCGCCCGAGGCAUCGCCGUCGUCCCAGUGCAAGCAGCCUGAUGACGGCAUAGGGAGCUCCAACAAGCCCUCGGGUGAUGUUGUCGUAUGGCAGGGCGACAAUAGGAUAUCAUGCCACCAAGCUUGGCCGGACGAAGCGAGCGGGUUUGUACAUCACCAUGCAGUAGGAUUCGUCACCGAGAAGGCCAGCCACAACCACCCGGCCUAUAUGCGCAGCUCACAUGCCAAACGACACGCGCAUCACGGUCGAUCAGGAGGUGGCAAGGGACAGGCAAUCAUGGCCCAGAGUGAGAGCAAGAGACGCAAGAUGGCCGAGGAGCGGGACGAGCGCCAGGCCAGGUUGAUCUACUGUCAUGACUUGGGCCUCAUCUCCCUCUGGGAAUCCCAGUACGAGUGGGACGUCCUGGUAACGUGCGGCAAGUACUCGUGGAGACUCCAUCACGACAUUCUCUGCCGCGAGUCCGAGUGGUUCAAGGCCAGGUUACCGCCCAAAGAUCCCAAUGGAGGCUACGUCACGUUUGACUGUAACGGCCACGAUGAGAAGCAACUCGCCAACGCUCUUUAUUUCAUGUACCUCAGGACCUGUGAGUACGAGCCGGGCCUGCACCUGCGCUCGGCGCUCGACGGCCGGCCGCUGCAGCGCGCCGUCUUCGCCUACCUCGCCGCCGCCUCGGUCGCCCACCCGCGCGCCCAGGCCGCCGCCCUGCGCGCCCUGCACGCCGCCGCCCGCCGCCUCCGCCUCUUCUUCGACCGCACCCCGCCCCAGACCGUCCGCGCCCUCGACCUCGCCCCGCUCCACGCGCCCCUCGCCGCCGCCCUGGCCAUGGCCUUCGAGCAGGGCCCCGCGCUGCGGCCGGUGCUGGCGCCGCCUGCGGCGUCCCCGUCGGCGUCGUCGUUUGGGGAUGAUGGUUGUGGAGACGGGGAAGGUGGGGAAAGAGAAGAAAAAGAGGAGGAGGAGAAGAAGGAAGAGGAGAAGAAGGAAGAGGAGAAGAAGGAAGAGGAGAAGAAGGAAGAGGAGAAGAAGGAAGAGGAGAAGAAGGAAGAGGAGAAGAAGGAAGAGGAGAAGAAGGAAGAGGAGAAGAAGGAAGAGGAGAAGAAGGAAGAGGAGAAGAAGGAAGAGGAGAAGAAAGAAGAGGAGAAGAAGGAAGAGGAGGAGAAGGAGGAGGAGAAGGAGAAGAAGGAAAAGGAGAAGAAGAAGGAGAAAGAGGAAGAGAGAGAGACACAGGAGACGGAGAGGGCCGACAUGGUGCCGCUCCGGGCGGCUCUGGCGCACCUCUGCGACGUGGCCUUGCCGUGGCUGGCCCUGAACGAGGGGUUCGUCGAAACGCUCAUGACAGAGUGGAUGCCGGGGCUGUGGAUGAACGUGGUGAGCGAUGCGAUCUGGUUUGGCGCCCAGGGCGUGCUGGACGAGAUGUGGGCGGUCCUGGAGGAGGCGAUCGCCCCGAGAGAGCACAAGACGGCGGCGGCGCCGGGGGCGGGGCUCGGAGGCGAUGGUGUUGGCGGUGCCGGCGAUGGUGCCGAGGACGGUCGGCCGACUUCCGGGUCUAAGAAGCGGAGGCGGAACGCGGAGGAGGAGGAGGAGAGGGAGGAGGAACUGCAGUCGCCGGGUGAGUUUGAGAUCUGGCGGGAUGGCCAGCCGGGCGAGCCCGCCACGCCUCCGCGGUGGAGGCGCCCGCAGCGGAGGGAGGACGAGACGGACGACCGAAUGAUCAACGGGGAACGGCUGAGCCCCGAGCAGCAGCGAGAGGUUGCUAAGGAGAACUUGCUCGCGCCCACGGAGCGCGGGGCCGGCGGCCCGCCACGCGGCGGAGUCGGGAGGGGGAUGCUACAGCUCCGGCACAACUUCACCGAUCCCGAUCCCGGCCUGCACUCUUCGGGCCACGACUCGGACGGUAAUGAGGCCCGGAGGGGACGAGGCGAUGACUGGGACGUCCGGAACACCGCAGGGGACGCGAUGUCUCAUAACGGAGUUGAUAGGGUCGUGCGCAACAUGGCUCUCCUGCGUUGA